AUUAUACAUGACAUAUACGACAAUUUACAUAGUGACCUGGUAAUGAGUUUUCUAAAUGCUCAUGUUAAUGCUACGAGAAGGGGAAGUACAGAAAAUGGCAUGCCAGAGAGGUAAAGUGAUUGAUGUCAUCGUUUCUCUCGCGCUGCAUUUUUUUAGUACCCGCCUUUUUUUGCCCGGAUUGCAGUUCCGUUUGUUGCCAGGGUGAUGAUCAGGAAUAUUUCUACAACAGUCUAAAAUAUCACUAUGCGAAUCAAUUGGCAGGGAGAAGCAAACAAUUUCACUUUAUCCAUGAGCCAGUCGUCAAUUCGAUAGUGAUGGAAUGUCUAAGUCGCGGUUCUAUAUGCACCGAGUAUAUCAACACCCCUCUGAUGAUCCAAAGAUGUAGAAUAGAUUGUAAUGUACAUAAUGGGCCUACUCUGUUUAAUGUUCUAUGCUCGUUUAUACAUCAUGGUUAAUGUGUCAUAACAACAUUGCCUGCUUGAGAGUUGAACCAGACUAUCAUGAAAAGGUGUGGUCUAUUUACUAUGUACCAAAUACGAUACACUAUUUAUCCCGUGCUCAUGAAAAAGAGCACAAUACUAGAAAUACUGUCUUUCUUGUAAACUUUGGGUUCAGCUGACAAUUAUCCCUAUGUUUCUUUCUUUGGGUGUGAAGAUCACUUACAC